AGUUCAACUCAUGCGCUGCGCCGUUUAUGUACAUAUGUCGGUAUUAUGAGUCAGAAAGACUGAUGUGAUACAUAGCGUUCUCCUUAUCACAUCAAAGCAUACUCGACUUUGGGUCAUAGUUGUUAAGCUUCACGCACAUGAGAUUAAGGGUCUAGUACUACUUAAACCUAGGGGCCUAACCUACACUAUACUAUGGCCGAAAAUACAAUUCAAGCUUCGGCGUUGCAGCGGGAACAAGACAACGGUAGUAGCGGGGACGUCACCUCCUACUUCCGAUUCCUCGACCUUCCGCUGGAGCUCCGCAACGAGGUGUACGCCCACCUCCUCGUGCAGCCCCAUCCCAUCGCCUGCGCACGCAGAUGGUUCACGACCGCCGCCCGGCACCUCCGCCAGCUCGCCCGCGAAAACGCGCCCGACUGCUGCGGCGGCAGAACCACCACAACAGCCUACGCGUGCGCGCACUACGACGCGCGACUGCGCCCGCACACCGGUAUCCUGCGCUCAUGUCGGCGCCUCAGCGCAGAGGCCCUCGACGUCCUGUACGCGCGCAACGUGUUCCACGUCGAGCUAGAGCGCAAGGACACGUUCCUCCGCUUCUUCCACGCGGUUGGCGCGCGGAAUCUAAGUCGUGUGAGAUAUCUAAGGCUUGUGAUGUGGACGCAGAGCCGCUUCUACUACGUCCCCGGCGUCACGUUCUUCCGCGCGCCGGCGUUGGAUAAGGCGGCUUGGGAAGCGCUGUUGGGAGGUUUAAGAGUGCUCGAGGUUGUGGUGCAGGUUCCCAGCAUAGCGACGCCGGAGAAUUUGCCCGGGUGGGUGAGGCAGCUGGAGGGGGUGUUGGGGUUUGUGGGGGAGAGGGUUGGGGAGGGGACGGAUGUGCGGGUUGAUGAUAAUUGCGUGAAGGGUGUGUGUGAGGCUGUUGAUAGGUGCUUUAGAGGGAGGCCGUUCAGGAGAGUCAGGACGGAUGAGGGCGAUGCGUGGUAUAGGGCGCGGAGGAAUGAUCCAGUUAGUAUCAAUGGGUCGAUGUCGAGUUAGUCAGAUGUGUUAGAGGGGGGUGCUUAGAUUUGGGAAUUCGUUGAAGCUAUCCGCGAUUUUGCUCAGCGCCCAGGUUAUUUGCUAUUGACCUUAUCGAGACCUUAUCGAGUGCGUUUUGGAAAGUACGAAAGAAGUUUUGUGUAAAAAUAGAUGUUAUAGAACGACAUUGGUAGCUAAGUAAGCACCGUUAAAGACGUGCGAAUAGCUUCAAUUCUGAACUAAA